AUUAAAGAUGUAGAGACAGGCAUUUCAUAAUAUUUAAGUUAGUAGCGUCACGAUCACAAUAAGACCAACAGUGUACAUCACAAUCAUGCCCGAGGUACGCAUCGAGGAGGUAUCAAGGUUUAUGCGAGAGUGCUUCCAAGCUACGGGAGUGCUGGAGAACGAGGCAAGGGAGCAUACAGCUUUGUUGCUACAGGCGGACUUUACGGGACAUUACAGCCAUGGACUGAAUAGACUUGAAUUCUACAUCGACGAUCUAAAGUCCGGAGCUAUUAACCCAAAAGGGAAGCCAGUAGUUCUAAAAGAAAAUGGUUCCACAGCGUGGGUGGACGGUGGCAAUGCACUCGGAGCUAUUGUUGGCAACUUCAGCAUGGACCUGGCUAUCAAGAAGGCUAAGGAAACUGGAAUAGGAUGGGUAGCUACUAAAGGAUCUACCCACUUCGGUAUGGCUGGUUGGUGGGCUCAAAGAGCAGAGAAGGAAGGCUUGAUUGGUAUGGCUUUCACCAACUCGUCUCCUCUCCUAGUGCCUACGAGGGCGAAAGACGGCGCUCUCGGCACAAACCCAAUAGCGAUGGCAGCGUCGGCCAGCGGUGGGGACUCCAUACUUGUUGACUUGUCUACAACAGCUGUUGCCAUGGGCAAGGUAGAAAUGAAGAUACACGAAGGAAAACCGUUGCCUGACGGCUGGGCAAUGGAUCAGAACGGGAAAAUGACACACGAUCCUAAUGUGGGUUUUGAAUCAGGCCGCCUAUAUCCACUAGGUGGCGUGGAGGAGACCAGUGGAUACAAAGGAUACUGCCUCAGUGCCAUGAAUGAGGUAUUCUGCAGCUCACUUUCAGGAGCCCUGGCGAGCCACGAACGCCCAUGGGGUGGCACCAACCCUGCAGACCCGCCUAAUUUGGGGCAGAUGUUCGUGGCCGUAGACCCGGGGUCUUUCGCUCCCGGCUUCGGAGACCGCCUCGCGGACUGUCUGAGUCACUGGAGAAAUUUGCCACCGGUUGAUCCUUCACUACCAGUACUGGCUCCCGGAGACAAGGAGCGUUCUAAUUUGGAUCAAACGAAGAAAAGAGGCACGAUUGUCUAUGAAUCCAAACAGAUCGAGAGCUGCGCGUCUCUCGCAAAACGGCUAGGCGUUAAACCUAUACAGACUUUGUAAUUAAUUAACCUCAUUGUUUUUUAUUGUAUUAGGUAUACAAUUAGUUACAGUCGUUUUAUUGUGAUAAAAAACACAUCUUAUUGCCUGUUCUUAACGUCCCAAAGGAAUUAAACUUGUCGAAACAAAUCAUAAAUAUGAAUCCAUCCCGAGGGGCCCACUAGUAGCCACUAGCCACCGAAGAGCUCCACAGUUUUAUUAUGAUUUUAGAGAAAACAUUAGUGGUCAUUUUUUCAUACAAAAAGUUGACUUUUGACACUGACAUGCGAUCCGUAGUAGCUAGACCUAAUAUUUGACGUAUCUUAAAGUUCGAAUAGGGCCGUUUGCUUGUUUCAUAUAUUUAGGCGCUACAAUUAUACCUACGCUAUAAAUAAUAUCGUUCAUUUGUUUUUUUUAUUAAACUGUCUACAAGUUAAGACCUUGUAUAUUAUAACAUUAUAGAAAUUACACAUCUUUCAAAGUAACUAUAAGUACUUAAACUUAUAAAAUCUUCACUUCAGUGGUCACUUUACAGGAUCAAAUGCUGAUAUUAAAUUGCCUUAAGUGCUGUAUUUAUUAUCGAAUGAAUAACUAGAUCUUCGUUUAUAGGUGACAUUGAUACUAAACAGACUUAGGAAUAUCUCGAACUAUCCUAAGAUAUAGUUAUAUACUGGCAAUAUUCAUAAUUUUAGCUUUUGUGCAAAAUUUGUUUAAAAUUUCUAAAGUGCUCUUUAGGCCUAUUUUUGUAUUUUUCUUCAAUCGAGCGGAAGUCAAAAGCUCAGAAUUCGAAUCGAUUUAGACCCUCGAGAAAGGCCUCAGGAUAGUCAAAAUUGCUAAUUAAAUUUAAGGCAGUCAUAUUGUGACUUUUUUAAACCCCGUUUUCUGGAAAUAUUGCACCUUAAUAAACGAUUCCCACCGACCGGCUGGAGCUCGAGCCGCACCUGAGCGCAUUGUCAAUGUGCUUAUAAAUUAUGUAGGUAUGGAUGACAGAAGCGAUGGCGUCCGUCCAGAGCCGAUCGCGUCCGCGUGGAGCCAACCGGCCUGCGGCCGUACAAAUGUGAAAAGCGCGCUGACUCCGCCCGUUCGGUGGGAAUCGAACACAUUUCCAUCCUCACCACUGAGAUAGUUGGAAGUCUUCAACUGUGCGUUUCUCCAGAAACUUCCUGCCUCGCACAGCUAAACUGUGGAAUGAACUGUCGCCUGCGGUAUUUCCGGACCGAUACGACCUUCAAACCUUCAAGAAAAGAGCGUACUCCCAUCUUAAAUGCCGGCAACACACUUACAACCCCUCUGGUGUUGCAGGUGUCCAUGGGCGGUGGUAAUCGCUUACCAUCAGGUGAUCCGUCUGCUCGUUUGCCUCCUGUAUUAUAAACAAAAA